AUAAGAGAAUGAAUCCUAGUAAUUCAAUAUUUGGUGUAGACGUAAGUAAAAUUUGAUUAAUAAUUAUUUUAUUCAGAAAUUGAGUUCAAAUUUUUUCGAACAAUUUGUCCUUUGAUUGAAUUCAUUAACCAAUUAAAUUCAAUAACUUAAUUUAUAUAUAUAGAUAUAAUCUAGUAAAGAAAUGUGUGCAUGAUAGUAUAUUAUUUAUGCUUCACCAACAAUAUAACUUCAUCACAUGAUUUGAAUGUGUGUGUGUAAGAAGUGUAUAUAUAUGUCUCACUUUCUCGGAUUGGUAUUCACAUUUGAGAAUUAAUAGGAAAGUCUACAUAAAAAAAAGAAAUUUUCAAGAAAAUGACUUCAAAUUCCAACACUAGUCAUAGCUACCCCAUCAAAACGGUGGUCAUUUUGGUUCAAGAGAACCGUUCCUUUGAUCACAUGUUGGGUUGGAUGAAGUCCCUCAACCCGAAAAUCGACGGUGUUACCGGCUCAGAGUCAAAUCCAAUUUUCACAGGUGAUUCUAACUCGAAUCGCGUUCAAUUCGGUGACCGGUCAAUCUAUGUUGACCCAGACCCCGGUCACUCGAUCCAGGACAUUUAUGAGCAAAUAUUUGGAGAACCAUGGAGCGAAGCCUCGGCAGCAAAGAACUUGCCACCAAAAAUGGAGGGCUUCGCUCAAAAUGCGGUGAGGCAAGAGAAACCAAAAGACGCAACGGUGCCAAUGACAGAGGCAGUUAUGAAUGGGUUCAAACCGGAUUCGGUGCCGAUUUACAAGGAGUUAGUUAAAGAGUUUGCGGUUUGUGACCGUUGGUUUGCUUCGGUUCCUGCGUCAACCCAACCGAACCGGCUCUAUGUGCAUUCCGCCACGUCACAUGGGUUAAGUAGCAAUGACACAAAUAAGCUCAUUGGAGGGUUACCUCAAAAAACCAUAUUUGAUUCUUUGGGUGAAAAUGGAUUCAAUUUUGGGAUUUAUUAUCAACAACCACCAUCCACCCUUUUCUACAGGAGUCUUAGGAAGCUUAAAUACAUAGAUAACUUUCAUGAAUAUGGCUUAACAUUCAAGAAGCAUUGUGAAGAAGGGAAGCUACCAAACUACGUGGUGAUAGAACAAAGAUUUUUCGACUUGUUAUCGAUACCUGGGAAUGACGAUCAUCCAUCUCACGAUGUUGGAGAAGGACAAAAAUUCGUAAAAGAAGUGUAUGAAGCACUAAGAGGUAGUCCACAAUGGAAUGAAAUGUUGUUUGUGAUUACAUACGACGAACAUGGAGGAUUUUACGAUCAUGUGCCAACGCCGGUAGACGGAGUUCCUAGUCCAGAUGACAUUGUUGGUCCUGACCCUUUCAAGUUUAAGUUUGAUAGGCUUGGUGUAAGGGUUCCAACCAUCUUUAUUUCUCCAUGGAUUGAGCCAGGAAAAGUGUUGCAUGAACCUUCUGGACCAUUUCCAACAUCACAAUAUGAGCAUUCAUCUAUACCAGCAACUGUUAAGAAGAUAUUUAAUCUCCCUAAUUUUUUGACAAAGAGAGAUGCAUGGGCAGGAACAUUUGAGGGCCUUUUAACUCUAACAAGACCAAGAACUGAUUGUCCAGAGAAAUUACCCGACCCGAUUAAACUAAGAGAGGCUGUUGCUAAAGAACAAGCCAAGUUGAGUGAAUUUCAGGAAGAAUUGGUACUAAUGGCAGCUACUCUAAAUGGUGAUCAUAGAAAGAGCAUAUACCCGAACAAGUUAAUCGAGAACAUGUGUGUUACGGACGCAGUUAAAUAUGUCGAGGAUGCAUUCAAUACAUUCUUGAAUGAGUGUGAGAAAGCAAGACAAAAUGGUGCUGAUGGUUCUGAAAUUGUUGAUUGUGCUGAUACAUGUAGUACACAACCAAAUUCCAAAAGUUUUUUUCACAAGAUGUUGUCUUGUAUAACUUGUGAUCGAUGAAUAAUUAACUUUGCACAUAAUUUAUUUAUGAAACAAGUGGUGUUGUGUGUAUAUAAUUGGCAACAUUGUUAAUGAAUUUAUGAUGAAUAAAAAGUUUGUUCAUUUAUAUUUUUUUUAUAUAAAACAAGUGUUGCUGUGAUAUUUAAA